AUGUGCCAGCUGGAUGUCGCGUGCGUGUUCGCCCUCAUUCGCAAUCACGGAGAGUCCGACUCGGACGAGAAGCUUAUGGCGCGCUCUGCAGAGGUGUUUAGAGUGCCGGGUUUGGACGAAACCUUGCUGCGAUCUGGCAAGGUAGUCCUUCGUAUCGUUGACCUCACGAAGAAAAGGCGGCCAUUUGGCCUGACUCUGGAGGAGUAUGAUGAAAUCAGGAUGAGCGCUACCCAGAUCAUCCACAAUGGGUGGACCGUGAACUUCAACGUCUCUCUAUCGUCUUUCGAGCCUCUCAUUGUCGAAGCGCGCAGACUCAUUGACUUCGCUCUUGGCUCGACGCGUUCACACAAGCCACGCGUGGUAUUCUCGGCAUAUUGGCACACAGACCACAGCUCCGCCGUUCCUGCGGCCGAGCUCAUCGAAACUCCUCCCGAACUCGCCGUUGGCGCUGGGUACUCCGAGAGCAAGUGGGUCGCGGAGCAGCUCCUCUGGCACGCCUCGCAGCAAACCGGCCUCUCCACCACGUCGUGGGUCCCCGCGCUCGUGCGCAUCAGCCAGAAGCUUGGCUGUAUACAGCCCUCCCGCGACGAGAACCUGACCUGGGUCCCCGUCGACGUCGCCGCGGCCGCGCUCCUCGAGAUGACGCGGGCCCAGCGCCCGUCUUGCACCUCCGCUCCCCGCGCCCAGUGCCCUGGGAUACCGUCUUCGCGCCGAUGGCGGCGCGGCUCCGCGUGCCGCUCGUGCCGUACGCGGAGUGGCGCGCGCGCGUCGAGGCGGACGCGGCCGCGGGCGAUGGGAGCGGGCACGACGCCGCGCAGUCUGCUCGCGUUCCUCGAGAGCGCGCGGAUGGGCGGGGCGGAGGGCGCGCUCGACGUCUCGGGAGCGGUGGGGUGCUUGAAGGCGCUCGCGGACGUCGCGCCGCUGUCGGAGGAGGACGCGGAGAGGUACUUGGGGUUCUGGGACAAGGUGGAGUUCGUCAGAUUGCCCGAGUGA